GUCGCGCACCAGUAGUAUUCGGCCGGUCAACGAUAUUCCGAUGAUCUGACGCAAACGAUAUCCCCCCGAACCGACACUAACACGCGCGCGCACGCAUCCACGCGCACGCACGCAAGCACGCACGCACGCACCAACGUAUCGUUUCGUAUCAUACACACCGCCGUUCGGCCGUAUACAGUCUACACGUACGUCGCCGCGACGACCGCACUACGUCCGUUCGUUGUAGGUAUAAUAUACCUACUACACAGUCACUAUAUAUUAUUAUAAAAUAUCAUAUACGUUAAUAUUAUUAUUAUAUACCUACCCGUCCGCUCGCACUGUAUACGCUUACGUUCGCCGCCGUAAUAAUAAUCAUCGUACGUAUAUUACUCGAUCGUAUAUAUUGUCGCGUUGAAUCUGUAAAAAAAAAAUACGUUUCGACCGCGUUUAACCGCCGCGUAUAGUAUAAUAUACACACCCGCACGAGUCGAUACACUUAAACUAUAAAGUGCCGCCUGCUACGUUUGCGGUGUGCGUUCCUGUCGCGCGGGACACUGCUGCAGGACAUAAUUCUACCGUCGUCGUGCGAGACUGCGAUUGUAUCGUUUUACGCGCCGCAGCGGCAUAAUCGUCGUCGUCGUCGUCGCCGUCGUCGCCGCGGCUCAUCCGCACAAUAUUCCGUCGGUUCCGUGACUGGCGCGUGGCAUGUAGAGCGAUGGCACUGGGCAUAUCUUCGACGCCCACCGACUCGUCGUCGGGCCGGGGAUCGCCGGUGAGCCCGAUCAGCAGCCCCGUGACCCCGCUGGCCACGCGGCUCGCGCCCAUGCCACCCAUGGUUCCCAACCCCAUGUUCGGGUUGCCCAUGCUAAACUUCAGCGUGUCGCAGGUGGCCAGCGUGUGCGAGACGCUCGAGGAGAGCGGAGACAUCGAACGGCUGGCCCGGUUCCUGUGGUCGCUGCCGGUCGCCCAUCCCAACAUUGUCGAGCUAAACAAGAGCGAGGCCGUGCUCCGGGCCCGGGCCAUCGUGUCGUUCCACAGCGGCAACUAUCGCGACAUGUACACCAUACUCGAACACCACAAGUUCACCAAGGACUCGCACGGCAAGCUGCAGGCCAUGUGGCUGGAGGCCCAUUACCAGGAGGCCGAGAAGCUGCGCGGCCGGCCCCUGGGCCCGGUCGACAAGUACCGCGUCCGCAAGAAGUUCCCGCUGCCCCGGACCAUUUGGGACGGCGAGCAGAAGACCCACUGCUUCAAGGAGCGCACCCGAAGUCUGCUCCGCGAGUGGUACCUCCAGGACCCGUACCCGAAUCCCACCAAGAAGAAGGAACUGGCCCAGGCUACCGGACUGACGCCCACGCAGGUGGGCAAUUGGUUCAAAAACCGUAGACAACGCGACCGAGCGGCGGCAGCCAAAAACAGGAUGCAACAGCAGCAGUUCGCCGCCCAGUUGGCGCAUUCGGGCGGCCGGCACUUGAACCUCCGGCGGUCCAUGUCGCCGGGCGCGGCCAGCACCACCGGGUCCGAGUCGAGCAUCAGCCUGGGCGCCCCGUCGCCGGGCCCGCCGUCCAUGCCGCCGCUGCCGCUCCAGUCGCUGCCGCCCCCGCCGCUCCAGCUGACCGGCGACCCGCCCCGCAUCGGCCUCACCAACCCGUCGCCGUGCACGUUACCGCAACCGCUGGCGCUGCACAGGCCGUUCACGUGAUACAGCCCGCCUCACCCGCCGAUCACCGCCGGCUGGUGACGCGCCUUCCGCCGACGACGCGCACGGUUUGAUUUGUUCGUUUUUUGGUCGUUUCGUUAUUUUCUCUCUCUCUCUGCAGUGGCGUCUCAUCGCUUUACGACGACGAUGACGACAACAACAAUAAUAAUAAUAAUAAUAAUAUCAUAGUCCGACGUCGUCUUAAUGCGAUGACGACGAUGUUGCCAUUUGCCGUACAACGCGUUUACAACAUCUUAGGCGAUAUCGUGUCGAAACCUGCAGCUGCAGCACAGAUAUUAUAACACAAUAACUAGACAGUCCGACUAAACGCGGCACGACAAGUCGUAUGCGAUUUCCACGCCCGAUGACGUCCGUCAUUUGUCGUCGUCGUAUAUUAUAAUAAUAUACCUAUAUAGACACUCCGUAUUUUAUCAUUAUAAACGGUGAUGGCGUGGCGAACUCGAUGAAAAGACUUCAGAUGUUUUAAUCAUAAUAUUACGCUGCUCCCACCAAACACUUGACGAACAUAGGCGAUCACGGGUUUAUAUGAUAAACUACUAUAUAAUAAUAAUGAAAACAAUGUUUAGUUUAGUUAGUCAACUAUAACAGCGAUCUGCCACUCAUCCGGUUCGCUAAGAGGCGGCUCUUGGUUACCUAUCGUCUCCGCCACGCCACCAUCACCAUCACCACCAUCGAUAUAGGUAUCUAAUCUAUAUAAGUAUCAUAAAAUAACUUUACAUCAACUAUAGUCUUAUUGGUACCCUUGUCGUAGUAAAAUGUUUUUAUUUUACUAUUAAAUUCAAUUUGCAGACUAUCAUUAUUCAUUAUAGUUAUACAUAUAUGUAAUUGCUAUUACAAUAUUAGGUAUGACUUUGUGAUCAUAAAGCUGAAAAAAAAAUUCUAAGCGUAAUAUAUUUUCUAUAAUUCGAUAAAUAAUUAUACCUGUAGAUAUAUAGAGCAAAUUACUGUAUGGCAAAUAUAUGUAAUUAAGUUACUUUAUUUAAAAAAAAAGUUUUAACGAUACAACCACAAUUCGGUAGUUGUCAAACGAUGGAUGUCAGGCAGAUAUUAUAAUUUAAAGAGUUUCGACUGUCUAGUUAUAAAUUUGUGGUCGAUAAAAUUAUUGGUCGACUUGCGUACGAGAUUGCCGAAAACCAAAAUCGAAAAUUUUUUAGCGGUAUACCCCUUUACCCACCAUUUUAUAUACAUAAUAUUAUUAUUAUACAUUUAUUAUUAUUAUUAUGAUUAUUACUAUUAUUAUUAUGAUUAUUAAAUUAUUAUUAUUAUUAUUAUAAUAAUUAUACCUACAUGUUGUAACACGCGUUGUACCGUAUUUGUAAAAAUAAAAACAUUUUUGUCUUUUUACAAACUAUACAAUAUUAUAAUAGAUUAAUCAUUGUAUUUUUUUGUCGGACGAUACGAUCGAUGAUAUAAUUAUACGUCAGAUACGUAUGAUUUAAAUCUGUAUAAAUAUAUAUUAUAUAAACGCCCUUCGACUAUUCGUUUUAUAUACUUUAGAGUCUUUGUCUGCAGUGUAUAUACCUAUAUUAUAUGUAUGUAUAUAAAAAUAUUUACAUAUUAUAACGAUGACUUUGUUUCGAAACGAUAUCAAUGUAUGAUAAUAAUUCUAGCGUGUAGAAUUGCCGAGAGACUUCGCACUUUAAAUUAUAUUAUUAUACUUUGUACCCCGAUCAUAUAAUAUUAUUAUGAAAAUAUAUUAUAAUCACAGAAAAAAUGAAUGACCCCGUGUAUUGUAACCCUCGAUAGGUACAUUAAUAUAUUUAUACCUACCCUGUUAGGACGCUUAUAUUAUACCUAUAUAAUAUGUAUAUAUAUUAUAUAUAUAUAUAUAUAUAAAUGAUUACUAUUUAGUUUAUAGAAUUUUGUAAAUAGAAAUUAAUUUUAGUUCGUUUAAACGGUGCAAUUAAUAUUAUAUAAUUUACAUAAAUAUAUUGUACAAAAACUAUUCUUUAUAUUAUUAUUAUUAUUAUUAUUAUUAUAUUAUAUACAUACACGUAGAAACUGAUAUAUAGGUAUAUAUAUACAUGCGAGAAACAUAUUAUGUAACUUUUUUUUUCAAUGUGUUUAACGUAAUAAUCAAACUUAUUAUAAUAUAAUAUUAUAUAUGAUAUAAAAUUAUUAUAAUGUAAUAAGGCUCAUAUGGUUAUUAUACGAAUCAUACGUAGUUUUAUUUAUUUGUGCUAUUUCUCGAUGAUUUUGUGCGACGCGUAGUAAAUAAUAUUAUUGUAUCGAUUUACUGCGAUCACACUGCAACGGAGCUGUUUAUUAAAACAAAACCGAAAUAUAUAUUAUUAUUAAUUGUUUGUUAA